CCCCCGCCAUGGCCGGCCGCGGCGCCUUCCCGCUCAGCCCGCUGCCGCCCGCCGCCGCCGCCGCCCCUCCGCCGCCGCCGGGGCCCGGGCCCGGGCCCGCCAUCAUGCGCGGACCCAGCGCUGCUCCCGCCGCCACCGCUGCUGCUCCGGGCUACCGGCCCAUGGGCCCGGCCGCGCAGUACCAGCGCCCUGGGAUGCCACCCGGCAGCCGGAUGCCCAUGGCAGGGCUUCAGGUGGGACCACCAGGAGCACCCCCAUACGGAGCAGCCUCCCCGAUGAGACCCGGCCUGCCACAAGCAAUGAUGGAUCCCUUCAGGAAGCGCCUGCUGACCCCCCAGGCACAGCCGCCGCUGGCCACCCCAAGGAGAGGGGUAAAAAGGAGGAAGAUGGCUGACAAGGUCCUGCCACAAAGGAUCCGGGAGCUGGUCCCAGAAUCCCAGGCCUAUAUGGACCUCCUUGCCUUUGAGCGCAAGCUGGACCAAACCAUCGCUCGGAAGAGGAUGGAGAUUCAGGAGGCCAUUAAGAAACCACUGACGCAAAAGCGGAAGCUGAGGAUUUACAUCUCCAACACUUUCACCCCAGCCAAGGAAGAAGGGGAGGGUGGAGAGCGCGUGGCCUCCUGGGAGCUACGUGUGGAGGGCAAACUGCUGGAGGACCCAAGCAAGCAGAAGAGGAAGUUCUCCUCCUUCUUCAAGAGCCUCGUCAUCGAGCUGGACAAAGAGCUGUAUGGACCAGACAACCAUCUGGUGGAGUGGCACCGACUGCCCACAACCCAGGAGACCGACGGCUUCCAAGUGAAGCGUCCCGGUGAUGUCAAUGUGAAAUGCACUCUGCUGCUCAUGCUGGAUCACCAGCCGCCGCAGUACAAACUGGACCCUCGCCUGGCUCGCCUGCUCGGGGUGCACACGCAGACCCGUGCCAGCAUCAUGCAGGCACUUUGGCUCUACAUCAAACACAACAAGCUGCAGGACAGUCAUGAGAAGGAGUACAUCAACUGCAACCGCUACUUCCGCCAGAUCUUUAAUUGCGUCCGCAUGCGCUUCUCAGAGAUCCCCAUGAAGCUGGCAGGGCUCCUGCAGCACCCGGAUCCCAUCAUCAUCAACCACACCAUCAGCGUGGACCCCAACGACCAGAAGAAGACAGCUUGCUACGACAUCGAUGUGGAGGUAGAUGAUCCCCUGAAAGCUCAGAUGAGCAACUUUCUGGCUUCCACCACCAACCAGCAAGAGAUCGCUUCCCUGGAUGCCAAGAUUCACGAGACCAUCGAGUCCAUCAACCAGCUGAAGACGCAACGCGAUUUCAUGCUCAGCUUCAGCAACAACCCACAGGAUUUCAUCCAGGAGUGGAUCAAAUCCCAGAGGAGGGACCUAAAGAUCAUAACAGACGUGAUUGGGAACCCCGAGGAGGAGCGGCGAGCUGAGUUCUACCAGCAGCCCUGGGCGCAGGAGGCUGUGGGCAGGCACAUCUUCGCCAAGGUCCAGCAGCGUCGGCAGGAACUGGAACAAGUGCUCGGAAUCCGCCUCACUUAAGGGGCUGGCGGUGGGGGCUCGGGGAGCUGCUUUUCCUCUCGCAGCUGCCUGAGCCCAAUGGUACUUCUUACUGGAAUCGAUUACAGCACUUGCACAAACCCCACGUGCCUGGAGGGAUUCGGAGCCACUCGCACCCCUGGGCUCCCCACAGGGACGAGCGCAGCGGAGGGUCCCCCGCUUCCCCCCAAAAUCCCGCUGUUGCUGCAUUUAAUGCCUCCUGCUUUUUGCUGUUCGCCUCCUCGUCCCCGUUAGCACCGAGCGAGCUCCCCUUCUCCAGCCAAAACCCCUCCUGGAAUGGAGAAACCCUCGCCCUCAAGCCCAGGGCCCCUCUUCAACCAAAGUUCAGUCAUUCCAAACGCCAGCCGCCCCCUCCGCUGGUGCUGACGUUUUGCACUAUUUUUGUGAACAGGUUUUAUAAGAAAAUAAGUGUUUUUUGUACAGUGGGUUUGUAUUUCAUUAAUAUAUUAGUUCCUCGGCCUGCGCUCAUCGCCUCGAUCUAUGCAGUAGUUCAUGCUGUUCUCAGAGGGCCCCAGCUCGGCCCGAGCUGUUCUUUUUUUUCCUGUAUGUAACCGAGUUUUUUAGCACUCACUUUUUGACAAUCAGUUAAUGACUCUGUUUUAUAUAAUUAGCAACUCCUGGGAGCGAGAGGCCGGCUCAGGGGGGAAAACUCUGCCCCAGGAGCCUGCGGGCAGCAGGGGCACUGGGAGAACUGGAGCUACAAGCUAGGGGACAUUGCCACCACCUGCCAAGUGCCUUAACCCCGCUGCUCCCAGGGGAGGGGGCGUUUACAUAUGCCAGGGUGUGCUCAGGGGUGCCUGCUCUGCCUCUUGUGUAACCAUUUUUUUGUCUAUUUUGGGUAUUUUCUAAUAAAACCAGUUAGCAGCAGCUCUGUGUGUGUGUGCUGGGAUCCCACAGCCCCCCCU